ACUCUUAUAUUUAAGAAGCACAUGGUGUGGUAGCUGGUAGCACAAGAGUACCAAAUUUCAUUCAUUCACUUACCCUCUUCCGUUGCUAUCCUAGCUAUCUAAUUGUAACGUCUUCUCUUUCUCUCUUUUCUCCGAUUCUCGAAAAAUGGGUAUCAUGGGAACAAGUGAGAUUCUGAAAGCUGAUUUAGAGGAGUUCCGUAGAUUGUUGCUGCAGGGAUGCACCACUACUACAACCUAUUAUUCAUCAAAAAACAACCCCGCUUGUCAAGAAUUUGGGAAACUCCCCAACAGAGAGAUUAGAGACAUGAGAAGGGAUGAAAUAUUAGAUGAUCAUGAGAUUGAUGAGAAGUUGGUUUGUGUCACUAGUGGUAUUUCUUUCUUGGGACUUGCUAUUGUUAAUCGCCUUCUUGAUUAUGGUUACACUGUCAGAAUCCUUAUCGAAAAUCAAGAUGAUUUGGAAAAGUUGAGAGAAAUGGAAGAAUUUGAUGAAAUCAGAAACAACGACAGUAAUAGCAACGCUAGUGGUAGUCGCAGUAGCAAUAGCGACAGUUUCGGAAGGGUGCGAAAUUGGGGAGUAGUGAUGGCGAAAUUGAAUGAGGUUGAAAGUUUGUGUGAUGCAUUUCAAGGAUGCUGUGGCGUAUUUCACACCUCUGCUUUCGCCGAUCCCGCUGGCAUUUCCGGCUAUUCCAAGUCGAUGGCUGACCUGGAAGUAAAGGCAAGUCAGAAUGUGAUGGAGGCUUGCUCAAAGACAGCUUCAGUUCGGAAAUGUGUAUUCACAUCGUCUCUCUUGGCAUGUGUUUGGCGCGACAACAAUCUUAAUGAUCUGCCUCAAUUACUUGAUCAUUCUUGCUGGAGUGAUGAAUCAGUUUGCAGAGAAAAGAAGCUUUGGCUUGCUUUGGGUAAGACAUUCGCGGAGAAGGCUGCAUGGAAAAAGGCCGAACAUGGCGAUGUUAAGCUUGCUACCAUCUGCCCAGGAUUUAUUACCGGUCCUGAACUAUGUCGUAGAAACCCCACAUCUUCAAUCGCCUACCUCAAAGGAGCACAAGAGAUGUAUGCAGUAGGAACUUUAGCGAGUUCUGAUGUAAGUAAAGUAGCAGAAGCACAUGUUCGUGUAUAUGAAGCAAUGGGAAAAACAGGAGGGUGCGGAAGGUAUAUAUGCUUCGACCAUGUGAUCGACAGCGAGGAACAAGUAGUCAAGCUUACAACACAAAUGGGAAUCCCAGCAAAUAGAAUAACAAGCAACGCUAGAUUAAUGUGUCCCGAUUUCGGUUAUCUAAUCGGAAGCUUUCUAGAUUAAUGUGUAGACGUUCAAGAUGUUGUUAGAUUUCAGGAUGGCUUCAAUUUUACUUGUGUCUUUAUAUGGAGAGAAAAUUUCAAUUACAAACAAAUGUUUUCAAGAGAUAUCAAGUAAAAAUCAGUUUCUUAGAAUGAGAUUGACUUUUUUUACAGAA